AACAAACAGCGGUAACAGACGUACGGCGGGCUCAACAUUCGAGAACACCAGCGAUAGUGUAGUACAACAACAUUAGAAUAACAUUAUGGCCGCCAUUAUUAAGGUAAUUUUUAAAGCGUCUUUCAAAUGCCUUUUUUUUGAUUUUUAGUUUACACCUAACGUGUUUCCAAAAAGGAAGACGUUCUCUAUAUAACUUUGUGGGUGUGACGUGGAUCGAUACCAAAUCGAUAAAAUUGAUGGGUGCGAUGGGGUGACUUAAGUGACGUCGGAUUGUUGAAGUGGAGUACCUAUAUUAUGUUACUGAUAUUUAAUUAUAUAUUGAUAACUAAAAAGAUUAGAACCGAAAAACUUUGUAGAAAAAAAAUACCGAUUUCGAAAACAAACUGAAAAGAGCUAAUGCUGGGGACUAUUCACGGAAUAUCUUUACCUACCAAACACAAAUUAUACAAAAAAAACUUUCCAUAUUAAAAUGCCUACAAAUAGCUCAAAAAGGGCUCAAAUGGUUUUACAAUUUUACUGCGUCCAGAAACAGCAAACAUAUACGUUUUCUAUCAUAAUUGCAUGUGUCUACCAACAUUUUUAACUGUAUUAUAACAAUUGGGGUGUGGGGAAGUUUUCCCCGCGGUUUUAUAUGCCACAAAAUGUUUAAGACUCCCCAUUGUAGUUGCCAGCAUCUCAGUCUAUGUAACAAAUGUGAAAUAUUAUAAGUUAUGAUAUUUCGUAUGUAUAAUUCCGUACGCAUUCCCGCGUAGAUUUGCAGCGCGGUCGCCGUUGUCGUGGUUGCGUGCGCGUGCCUGACCGCCGGGUAUCCGUUCGCCACGUCUUCGUCGGCACCGUUGUCGUAUCCCGAAGACGAUCACCAGCAACAGCAGCAGAAUAAGGCGUAUGAGUUUCAGCAGCUGGACCAGCACGACGAAUCGAACUCCGACACCGACGCCGUCUCCGCGCCUCGGACUUAUCACUUCCAGUACGCCGUAAACGACCCGGCGACCGGGGACGUGAAGAGCCAGAACGAAGUAGGUGACGGGCACGGAGGUGUCCGCGGCCAUUACAGCCUCGUCGAGCCGGACGGUUCUACCAGGGUUGUGGAGUACGCGGCGGACGACGUUAACGGGUUCACGGCCGAAGUCAAAAGGAUCGAACCGCAACACAAAGCCGAAGAAACGGCCGGUUACGAAAUCGAAAAGUCCGUGGAACUGCAGCCCGAAGACGGGGCGGCUCAUCAGUCCGACGGCAACGAAGCGCAGUCCGCAUAUCAGGACGAGGGAGCAGAGGCCUACGACGGUGACCAUUCCGAGCUGUAUUCGCCCCGUUGAUCUUGAACACCGCGGUCGUCCAUGUCCCCGAGCGCCCGAUCGGGAGUUUUUCCAAAAACACUACCCCUUACAUAUUAUUAUUAUUAUUAUUUUCGAAUCCAGUACUGUACCUACGUAUACUGAAAUGUUGUUCGUUACACAAUACUUGAUUACUACCUAUUAAUUUGUAUUUUAAUAUAGAUCAUGUUAUUAUAGCGUAAGUUUAAUGCACCGAAUACGCCGUUAGGUGUGUUGUGUUAAUAUAAAUGAUAACGAUAAUAUAUUACGGACGAU